AUGGCUCCGAACCGUGAAAUUUGCGCAUUCUUCUUUGAGGACAAAGGUCAAGGCGACUACCGCUGCCAGCUUUGCGGUACUCCCCGUAAACAGCAAGCCGGAACCGGCUACUCAAACCUGCUGUCCCACCUCAACCUGAAGCACCCCGACUUUGAGGAGACCUACGACACUUCUUUGGCUACAGCCACACCUCUCUCCAGCUUUGGAUUCGUCUCAGAAGCGGCUAAGUGUCGCUACCAGUGGCUUCAGUGGGUAGUGGAGAGAAACAUGCUCCUCACCGAAGUUGAUGACCCCCUCACAAGGUCUAUGUCGUCCUGGAAACCCGUUUCGUCAAAGGCGUUGAAGCUAGACAUGCAAAGAUGCUCCAAGAGCGUUGGCGUGCUGGUCGAGAAAGAGUUGGGCGAGCUGUUUGGACUCAUGUGGGACGGAUGGACGCAUGGUACCGCACACUACGUUGGUAUAUAUGGUGUUUGUUACGUACGCGGUAUGCGCCGUGAGCGGUUGCUGUCGCUAUCGCCCCUGGAUGAUGGCAGCUAA